UUAAUUGGAUUUUUUACAAAAUGUCAGAUCAACGUUGAAAUAUUUUAGUCAUUUUGAAACUAGAUAUUGUUUUCUGAAACUGUGAUGGCCACACAGGAGAAGGAUCACACAGGAUGAGUAGCCUUAGCAUUCUAAACAAGUGUGACGUCAUCUCCAGAACCGGUACCUGUGUUUGACGGAGGUCCGUCUGUGGGUGCCGCCCGACAGUCACAUUAAAUAAUGGCGAUGCUUGCUGUGGUGGAAGAGCAAAAAACAAACGUUAGAUGUGACAAUCGGGUGAUUGUUCUUCAACCCAGACAGACAAUGCGCCAUGUUUGUGUGGGCCAGCUUUAUUUUAAAGCUCGUUGUUUUAACACCUAGGCUCUGAAAAUGCUGGUUUCCUUUUCCUAAGCUCUAAAUGACUACAGUUGAGCGCUCGCUGAACUAAAAGCAGUCUUUCCAAGAGCGUAGUCAAAUCCGCGCGUCAGAAGUUUCCACGGCCGCGCGGCUGCGUGCGGCGCGCAGAGGAGCAGGUUCCACUCCCCUGUCCGGAUCAUUUGACUGUGGUUAGGCUUUUUUCUCUCUGAGCUCUCGGCAAAACUCGUCACUUUCCGAUGAUCAAAUUCCGGAACUCAAACCAAAUAUGGAGCAUCGGAGGACUUUCACUUGUGCCGGAUUCAGCCUUUUAUGGGUUAAGACGCUCGACCGGAAUUCCUCUUCUGAUGUUUCAGCGCAGCUGAGACGCGAUGAGCGACAAAAACCGAGAAGAAAAAGGAAGGAAAGCAUCUUUUGAAGUGACCGGAGUGUCUUUUCGCGCGUAUUUGGGACGUUUUGUGGUAAACUGCUGCAGAGCUGGUGUGAGCGGAACAGGUCGGCCGUAACAGCGGCGCAGCAGCGGGUUUACCGCGGACAAGAGAUUCCCUUGUCACGGAGCCUCCUGGCCAAUCAGCGUCAGCAGCGCCUCCUGUCUUUCUUUGUUCUCAUAGGCCCACCCACUCCAUAUUUGGAUAGUGACGUCACGGCAGCGUUCAAAAGGUUUCCCAUAUAUACAUACCAGAGUCAGGGCCCCCGCUCCCGUUACUUUAAGUGAGUAAACUUUACGCGCAGAGCGCAUGAAGUGCCGCAGACGCACGGCGCGCAUCCUUUCAGAGCCGCAGUGAGCCGCAGGGACAUGCAGCUCUAACCUGACCUGGACGCACAUCCUCAGUGUCCGCGCGCUUUCAAGAACAGACGCCAAAGAUCCAAGACAGAGUGGAGCGCGCGCACGCGUUUGGCUCCGUGCACGAUGACAGCAAAAACUCUGGAGAAAGUGAAUCCGGUGAAUCUCGGGGGGUUCGUGCAUCCGACAGGAGAAAGCGUGUACUCGGUGGAUGACAUCGCCACCGGCCUGCCGACCUCUGUGGCCAUCUUCCCCAACGCAGACCUGGGGGGCCACUACGACCAACUCAAUGUUGCAGCAGACAGCCUGAUGGACAUGUGCACGGAGAAACGCUCCAUGGACCUCUCCUCAUACUCCACCGGCUUCUCGCAGCCCCCCUCCCACCGGAACCAGACCUUCACCUACAUGGGAAAGUUCUCCAUCGACUCCCCUUAUCCAGCUAACUGGAGUCCCGACGGGGUGAUAAACAUCGUUUCGGGCAUCUUCAACAUGACCCAGCCGCCACCUCCCCCCCCUCCUCCCCCCUCAUCUUCCACAUCCUCCUCUCCGGCUUCAUCAGGAUCUCCGCAUCACUUCUCCAGCGGAAAUUUGAGUUGCACCAUGGCGGCUCAGAGUCAGGCAGAAAUAGAUCACCCCCACCAUCCGUACUCCCCUCCGCCUCCUUACCCUUCCUCCAGCUGCCCGGAGGUGUACCACCAGGACCCCUCGGCGUUUUUGUCCACCUCCACCUGCCCCAUCAGCUCCUACCCAUCGACCCCCUACCCGUCACCCAAGCAGCCCAGCAGCUUAGACGCCCAGGGGCUGUUCCCCAUCAUCCCCGAUUACACGGGCUUCUUCCAGCCGACGUGUCAGCGGGACAUGCACACAGCGGGCAUCCAGGACCGGAAACCUUUCGUCCCGUGUCCUCUCGAUACUUUUCGAGUCCCCCCUCCUCUGACUCCGCUCAACACUAUUAGGAACUUUACGCUUGGAGGUCCGGGAGCGGGCGGCUCAGACGCAGGGCAGCAGAGGCUUCCUUCUGCCUACAGUCCACAGAACCUGCCCUUAAGGCCCAUUCUGCGACCCAGGAAAUAUCCGAACCGACCCAGCAAGACCCCCAUCCACGAGCGUCCGUACCCCUGUCCGGCGGAAGGCUGCGACCGGCGCUUCUCCCGCUCCGACGAACUGACUAGACACAUCCGCAUCCACACGGGGCACAAGCCCUUCCAGUGCCGGAUCUGCAUGCGCAACUUCAGCCGGAGCGACCACCUCACCACGCACAUCCGCACGCACACGGGGGAGAAGCCGUUCGCCUGCGACUUCUGCGGCCGCAAGUUCGCUCGGAGCGACGAGAGAAAGAGACACACUAAAAUCCACCUGAGGCAGAAGGAGAGGAAGUCCUCCGCCGUGUCCUCCUCCUCAUCCUCCUCCAGCAGCAGCUCCGCGCUGGAGCGUUCUUCGGGCGUCAUCAGCGCCACCAACGGGCUCUGUUCCUAGGUUUCCACAGAAACCUGGCAGCACACUAACCCUGAAAGGGACGGGACCAGUGAGAUAAUCGCCCAGACUGUUCAGUGCUGGUUUACAGACUGGAUGGAAAUGAACAACCUUGGUGCGUUUUGCGCUUUUACGCAUGGAGAUGCCGCAAAACUCCCACAAAGACUGAAGAAGAAUGCACUUUGCCUGCACAGUCUACUGAACAUCAGAGUCAUUUAUACACAUAGCCAUUUAUUCAUGAAAACCUAAAUGGACUUUUGCGUUAUAAAAGGGGAUUUAAAAAAAGUCUCCAACAGUCACACUGAAUGCUAUCAUGCGCCUGUACAUAUAAAAUACUGCAAUAACUUUUGAGGAAACAUGUUUAAGUUAUUAGACUGACGGUGGGUUUAUUUGAACGUGUUUGUGCUCGGCUGCGUGCGCGCUCCAGUGCCUUGCUGUAUGUUUGUGUUUGUUCACUCUGACGCUCCUAAUGCAAUGUAAAUACCCAACAGUUGGAGAGCUUUCUAUUUUUCUACAGCCUCGGUUCGUCCUUUAAUUGACUGUGAUUUUACUGAACAAGGGUGUACAGAUGUGGAACUUUUACCGACUUGACAUGCGUGCUGUGAUGUGUCCUUUAAGAUUUAUUAAACAUGGUGACAACCCUCG